AUGACGUAUUACCACAAAAAACGAAAUAUGAAUGAAAGCGAAGAGAAUGAUACUGACGUGGAGGAAGAGCAGACUUCUUCAUCCUUUGCAUUUGGUAGUCCAAAGGUUAUUAAGUUGGAAGUCCCUCGUAGUAUGUCUUCACAUGCAAAAUGUCAAUUUUGUACUCAGAGGGAAGAUCUUGUCGUAAUAAAUGAAGACACAAGGACAAAAUUUUUCAUAGAAACUGGUACAAUCUUACCUGAAGGUACCAGGUGUUGUCAGAAACAUUUUAGUGAGGGUGGGUUAAAAGAAGAAUGCAAAAAGAUGCUUUCGAAGGUGACAGACCACAUCAUGUUCAACAGAACAGAUUUAAUGACGUUGCUUCACAAUGUUCGCAUGAAUGUGUUGAACAAGCCGAAAGGAAUCGACUUUGAUAACCCUCUUGGAUUAUCAGACACUGAUUAUAUUCACUUGACAGGUCUCACUAAACAGCAAUUUGACAAUUUAGUAACAUAUCUUCCAUCUUUGAGAAACACAUCAGUCAGAUCAGCUAGGACAUGUUUAGGACUCCUGUUGACAAAACUGCGAACAGGAGUGUCCCUAAAAGUGAUGAGCAGUAUGUUCCAGAUACCUAAUGUACAGUACAUAUCAAAAGCAAUCCACAGUGCAAGAGCUGUUCUAAUGAAAGAAUUUGUUCCCCAGCAUUUGGGCACUCAGCAUAUUUCUAGGGACGAGUUUAUUAGGGAACACACUACUGCUUUUGUAAAGCAACUAUUUGCAGAUGGCCAAGAUGUCACAGCCCUUGUCAUAGAUGGCACAUACAUUUAUAUAGAAAAGAGUUCAAACUACAGUUUCCAGCGCCGAACAUACAGUGCUUACAAAAGUCGACCGCUCCUGAAGCCAAUGAUGAUAGUUGGUACUGAUGGCUACAUACUAGACGCUAUUGGUCCUUACUUAGCAGAUGGACGCAAUAAUGAUGCUUCGAUCUUAACCAGUAUAAUGAAAAAUGACACUGAACGAUUAAAAACUUGGCUUUCAGAUGGAGAUAUAUUUGUUCUGGACAGAGGAUUUAGAGACUGCAGAGAUUUCUUACAACAAAUGGGGUUUAGAACUCAGAUGCCGUGCUACUUAGAAAAGGGGAAAAAACAGCACUCUACUGAAGAAGCAAACGAGUCCAGAAUGGUAACAAAGUACAGACCUCCGAUAAGAAAUUCUGAGUUUGAGGACACGGAGCUAGCAAUUCGAAUGUCAUUUCUGUCAAAAACAACUAAUGAGUUACAAAAACGGGUGGAAAAUGAAAAACUUGCAGCUAAAAGAAGUGUAUGGGAGUCAGUUGAUGGAUUUGAUAUGGAGGAUUUUCCUCGUCUUUCAGAGGAUGCUCUUAGAAAUAUUACAGUCGGAGUAUAUCAAUUAAAGCAGGCAAAGGCGUAUACAAUUGAACAUAUAUCACCUGAAGGCAAAUAUGAAUUAUUUGUUCACAAACAAGACGAUGGUCUAUUGAAAGCCAAGUUACAAUCAAGACAUAGUUCUUCGAAAACUUACAUACUGUGGAUUUCAUAUGAUAGUGAGAAAAGAAAUCCAAUAACAGGCUGGUAUUGUCAGUGUAAAUCAGGAGCUCGCACAUUAGGCUGCUGUGCACAUAUUGCUGCUGUGCUAUGGUAUUUGUCUUUCCAGCGACAUCAAGAUGGUAAGUUGGUACCACGACCCUUUUUUGAUUAUACAAAAGACGCAGCGGAUUGUGACUGGUUGUCUGGAGUAGGGUCAGAGUAA